UUUGAAGUAAAAAAAAUGAUGCAAAGAUGGCGGAGGUCAGCCGGCGUUUUGGAACCGGAUCGCUCCGUUUUGCGCUCCAACUGUGGGACCGGGGUCCCCAAACGAGGCGUCAGAGACACGGGAGAGGAGCGGUCAAUGCGUCCGGUAUCUCAAUAGGAUUUGUACUUAAUGACAUUGGAAACUGUGGACGAAAUGGACUCAAAAACGGAGCCACGGACGGGUUUUUGAGAACCUCUCGGUACGGUUACAUAACUCUGAAUCCUUUUCCGGGUUCGGUAGUUUAUGGUUCCGACACCGGACAAAUUUUGAAAAACGUCCCAACUUUUGGAUUUGAAAAUAAUCACUCCAUUCGGUUUCAAACUUUUAAGAGACAUUUUGUUCGAAACCAAAGCUUUACUAGCUUAUGGAGCUCUCUAUGUUCCCCCAGAAACAAAGGCUGUCGUGACAAUGGUUCCGCUUUCAUUCGUGAAUUCAGCAGUAACGGCUCCAGAGCGGAGCCUUUACACAAAACCAAAACGGGAUAUUAUGAAGUCCUCCAAGUGACACCCGUCGCCACGCAGGCGCAGAUCAAAACAGCCUAUUACAAGCAGUCGUUCAUCUACCACCCGGACAGAAACGCCGGCAGCGACGACGCCACGGCCCGCUUCUCGGAGAUCAGCGAGGCGUACACCGUGCUGGGGAACAAGGCGCUGCGGAGGAAGUACGACCGGGGUCUGCUCUCCGCCGCAGACCUCACGGCCGCCGUCAGGCCCUCCGCCAGAGACACCCCCGGGAGUUCGGCCAAAAGCGGCGACAGCAGACACUCGGUGGGGAGGACGGGCACUCAGGGAGGCACUUUUGACUUCGACAAGUUUUACAAGUCUCACUAUAACGAGCAGCUGCAGAGGCAACAGGAGAUCCGAGUCCGGAAGGAGGAGAUGCAGAAGACGGACGCUGUGGGGGACAAAAAGCUGGGGCUGAUGGUUGAGGUCGCUAUUGUAAUGCUGCUGAUAUUCGCCUUUGGGUUGAUACAAAAUAUAAACAAAGGGUGAAGGUUAAACAAGUAUUACACUGGUGUCAUUAAAAUAAAAUUACUCAGAUUUUUGGGGAAACAAAUAAUUAAUCAGAGCUUUUAUUGUGAAAAUCAACGGCUUACACUGUACUUCAGGAAAAGUGAAUUAGGUUGAUUUCACUCCAACCAUAAAUUUUUGCUGCUUUAAAAUCAAACACCUACAUAUUAUGUCAUUUAAUGCCUUUCUUUUCAUCUAUUUCUGUCUGUGUCAUAAUCUCCUUCUACAGUCAAACAGAGAAUCUACACGCUAAUAGGAAGAGGCCUUACUGGUUAAAGUCAAAGAGUCUUUAAAGUGAGGUUCAAUGUGCUAUUUAUUACUUGUAUAGCAGUGGGUCUGUUAAAAUUGAUCAGAUAAAAAACAAAAAAGUGCCUUUUUUUCAAUAUUCAUUGUAAAUGCCUACGAGAAAAUAAAACCCUUACUGGCCACAUCA